AUGAAGUACCUCGAGUAUCCCGAACUCGAGGUGUUGUCGCGUGCACUCACCUUUGAGAUGUCUGAAUGCAAGGUAUUCACCCGGAUCGAGGCGUAUUCAUGCAAGGCCGUCAACAAGGAGAAGCGCCUGUUCAAGUCGCUCGAGUCGUCCUACCUGUUGUCCGCCUCGAGCUCGCCGCCUGCGUACCUGGACGAGGCGCUCUCCUCGCCGUUCGGGCGCUUGGAUCAGCCGUCCGCGCGCAAAACCCUCUUUUUGCUUAUCGCCACGCUGAACGGCGCGUUCCCCGACCACGACUUUAGCGAGGUCAACCCGAUGGACUUUGUGCGCGAGCCCAGCUCCACAAACGUGCUCAACAGUCUCACAUCGACGCUGCUCAGCCUGCGCACCGGCACGGGCUCGCCGUCGUCGCUCGGCAGCGCUCUCGACGAGUCGCCGCUGCUCAUCUCGCUCGCGCGCUCGCCCAUCUCCACCGACGCGCGGCCCACGACAUCGGGUGGCAGCCAGACGACACCCGGCGCCGCGCGCUCGGCCUCGGCAUCCCUUCCGGCGGUGCUGGAUGAAAUUAUCCAGACGUCAGACUGCGAAGUGUACACCUUUCAUCCCGAUAUGGACUCAGAUCCCCACGCGAGUGCGGAGCCAGACGAGGAGGGCGGUGAGGAAGACGGGGGGGAUCCCUACGACGAGGGAUAUGACACGGGCAUAGUCGGUCGGGGAGAUACACCGAUGAUGGAUGAAGAUAUGCAGAUGGCCGACGCGCCGGUGUUUGACGAGGACAUGGACGGCGGCGAUGGUGCACUGCAAGACGCGUCGACAAACGCGAAGCUCGAGUCGCCCUCCCUUACCAUUGAUGAAGAUGACCUUGCCGGCGCAGGCGCUGGUCUCCUGUGGUCCACGUUCGCGUUCUUUUACAAUCGGCGCAUGAAGCGCAUCCUAUUCAUCAGCGUGUGGUGUCGCAAGAACACGCUGGGCGCCAAGCCCCCGUUGUGGAGCAGCCCGUCGCUCGCGCCAGCGCGGCCGGCGAACGAGGAUCGACGAUGGCGACGGCGCGCGAGCGGCCUGGCGAGCACCGAUUGA